CUUCCGGCAAGUUCAACCAAUCAGCAGACGAGAGAACAACUGGUUGAGAACGAGGCUUGGAACGCAAAACUGAGCGGCGUGGAGUACACGCAUGGAGUCAGAGAGUAACCGGGCAGAGCAAUGACGGACUGAUCGCCGCUGUGUGAGAAGAAUACUAUGGAUACACAGGAAGAAAUUGCUGUAGCUGAAGUGGCUGUCGACACUCAACAGAGCAAUACCAGCAAUUCCGAUGUUAAAGUGGAAGAAGCAGCCAUGGCAGAUUUAGAUCCCGGUGAAGAAGGUCCCUUGUCUGGAUGUGGAAUUGAUGCUGAAGCACCUAUAAAUAAUAAUAAGGAAGGAAUGCAGACCUCUUCCUCAGAAGCUGGAAUCCCUAGGAUUGAAGAUAAGCCUGGUUCCUGUCAGUCUUGUGAAGUACAGCCGGAAGAACAAAUGGAACUUGGUGAAACCUUGCAUUUUGAAAACCAUACAGUAGCUACGCAUAAUGGAAAUCCUGGGGAAUCUCAGCAUACAUCCGUCUCAUUUCCACAAACUUCUGGUGAAAUACUACCUGUAUGUGAUAAUGAAGCGGAGGAAAGUUCUUCAGCAGACUCUUCUUCAGACAGUGAAUCGGAGUCAUCAUCAUCUUCCUCCUCAUCAUCUUCAUCGUCCUCCUCAACUUCCCUGUUUUCAAUGCUUAGAGCUGUCGAGGAAGAACCACUGGAAAACAGUGACCUACCUGUGAAAACCAAAGAUGAACUUCUGUUAAAGGAGUUGCCUGCUGUUGAAGAACUGUCCAUAAACCUACCAGAAGAUGUUGAAAUAAAACCAUUUGGAAUGGUUUCCAGCAUCAUUGAUCAGCUAGUGAUUGUUGAAUCAUUACGUGACAUUCCACCACUGAAUGAGGACACUGUGGUUUUUAAAGCAAAUCGACUUGCUGUUGGGAAGAUAUUUGAAAUUUUUGGACCAGUCCCACAUCCAUUUUAUGUGAUCCGCUUUAAUUCAAAGGAUCAUAUUGAAUCCACUGGAAUUGAGAUAAAAAACACUUUGUACUUUGCUCCAGCUGUUGAGGACUUCACACAAUAUAUCAUACCAGAUGCUUUAAAAAGAGAUAAGGGGUCUGAUGCUUCUUGGACGAAUGAUCAAGAACCACCAGCUGAGGCAUUGGAUUACAGUGAUGAUGAAAAGGAAAAAGCAGCAAAGCAGAAGAAGAAAUCCCAAAAAGAAGCAAAAAAGAAGCAAAAACCCGAAAAUGAGAAAUCAACAUCUUCCCAGGAGUCUAACCAGAAUUAUGGGGGCCAGAAAUUUUCAAGACCCUACUCAAGAAAUGGUUCUGCACCACGCUUCUCCAGUGGGCAAGGUUCUCGCAUGCAUGUAAAUACAUACAGACAACGUCAAGAGCAGUACUUUCCACCGCAGUUCCAGGGACCACAGAUGCACCAGCAAUACGCCUACCAUAAUACUGGUGUUCAGGAUUAUUCUAUGACCUAUGCAAAUAAUGGUCACCAACCUCCACCUCCCCAUUUCUAUGAACACUAUCAAAAUAUGCAGAAUUAUCCUACUCCUCCUUUUCCUCCUCCGAACAUGGUUUGGCCUGAACAAAACAUGCAUUUUUCCUAUAUGCAGAAUUACCAUCAACCCCCACCACCACCACCUCCACCCCCUCCCCCUCCCCAUCCCCACCAGGGAGAGUCAAACUAUUCUAAUUCCUGAACUGAAAAGUGCUUGGUACUUGUUAACUGCCAUCAUUAGCAAGAUUCUAUGAGAUUUUUAUAGAGUUUUUUCUUCGUAUAUAUUUUUUUUUUAAUACAUGUAAAUAGCAUCAAAGUGGUUUAAAGGAAUUGUCUAAUUUUGUAAUCUUAUAAAAUCAGAUUUUGUAUUUAAACAAUAACACUGAACAAUGACUUUCUGUUAAAGCCAAAUUGCAGACAUUUUUUUUUUGUUAUAAUCUCGGGAAAUAAAUACUGUCCAUGAUAUUGUUGGCCAUAUUUUAUCUCUACCUGUCCCUGUUUAGCAGGAAAAUCAUCUAUCAGGGGGACUGGAAGUCACCGUAAUGAUCGGACAAUUUUAACCCGCGUGCAUUUUUACUGUAAAAAAAAAAUUGUAUCAGUUUACCAACUGGAUUUUCUCUCAUCACUUUCUACUCUUACAGUAAAUUUAGGGUAAAUGUCCUUGAUGGGGACACAAACCACAAAUAAGAGGAUCUAUUCCUUCAAAAACUAUAAAUCAAAUCUAUCUGCAGUUGUUUAUAGCUUAUACAGUACUGGAUAGUUUCUGGUGGGUAUCUUGGCAACCUGCUAUUUUUACAGAGUAUUCUAUUUAGAAAAGACAACGUUUCCAUACCUGGAGGACAUUUUACUUCCAUCAUACUUGCAUUAUUGUAACAUAGGAAAAUGUAUUGUAAAAAUGUGUUUGCAAAAUAUUCUGGUAUACAAAUAUAUUUGUAUGUGUUUUUUUGUAACAGAAGAUUAUUUGCGUAUUGCAUAAAGUGAAUCUGGAAAAAAAUAAUAAAAUGUAUAGGUGGUCUCUCCUUCUA